AUGGCCAAAGGAAGAGAAAAGAGAACAAGGCGAGAAAAGCUCACUCGCAAACAACGACGAGCCAUGGAUAAACCCCUCUUUGGCGACCCAGAGAAUCUAGAUUCACAGCUAAAAAACCUUGGACUAUGUACAAAGAGCAUCACAGGCGAUGGUAACUGUUUAUUCAGAUCGCUGUCAGAUCAGUAUUAUGGCCAUGAUGGAAACCACAAGGCUAUCAGACAGGAAGUGUGCCAGUAUCUUCGAGAAAAUGAAGAGACAUACAAGUUUUUCGUAGAAGACGAUCAAUCUUUUGAACAUCAUGUUGAGUGCAUGUCUCAAGAUGCAACGUUUAGUGGAAAUAUGGAACUGGCAGCAUUCGCAAAACUGAAAAAGGUUGAUAUCAAAGUGUAUCAGCCGGGCAUGAUCUAUGUAAUCAAUGGUGUCGAUGAUGAAGAUGAAAAGGUGGAAGAAGAGGAAGAGCCAAGGCAGAUACUACAUAUUGCAUAUCACAGUUGGGAGCACUACAGCUCUGUAAGGAACAUUGAUGGGCCUUAUUCAGGACCACCAGAAAUCAAGACCAUGGAGCAGAGUUUAGAUAAUGACGAAACUUUUAAAAAAGAGGAUGACAUCGAAGAGGACAAGGAUGAAGAGCUCAGUUCAAAAGAAAAAGUUGUCAGAAGCGCCUUUCCUGAUGCGAGUAUACGUAAAAUUCGAAGAUUAUUGAUCAAGCAUAAGGGGGAUCCUGACAAGGUCAUCGAUGCAAUGUAUGAAUUGGAGCACAACGAGCCAGCGAAAGCAGAUCCAGCGACUGUUGGUACUCCAGAUGAAGCGAGCACAUUAACACAAACACCAGAGGAGACCAUUCCGAUGAAGACACUAGAACAAAAAGAGCAAACUACUGCCAUUCAUGAUAAUAUUUCAACAAACGUGCCUGUUCUCCAAGACAUACCUGAACAAACUCCUGGCGAGGAACUUUUAGACGAGACCAAAGAAGAAAAGGAUCCUCAGAAUGUGCUUGAAAAGCCAUCAGAAGCACCACCAGUAAAACCCAAGAAACUAUCAGCAGCAGAGCGUAAAAAAGAGCAAAAGAAACGACAAAAGGAAAACAAACUCAUGAAAGAUAGAGCUAAAGCAGCUCGCAAGGCCGGCUACAAACAACAAGCAAAGCCUCAGGAUGGUCAAGAGCAAGAUACCUCUUCCGACAUUGUAGCUGCCUCGCAAUCAAUGAAGGAAAUGUACAUUUAA